AUGUUCGUAAUUUUUGUUUUUCUGGUUGCUGUUUUGAUAGAUGCGCAAGACUUUGUUCCAAUCAACAAAGAUGCGGCUCCAAAAAUUGUGCCAGUUACAGUAAUUCGACCAGCAGGUACAGUACAGCGACGAGUUUUCGAAGAAGAUGGUAUAACUUACACGGUAUGUUAAUGUUCAUUUUUGUCAAAUGUUUUUUUUUUGCAAAUUGUACUUUUUAAGGAAAUCAAAAGGAUUCUUCCAUCUGGAGGAGUUCAAACAUCGCACAUCGAAGGAAGUGUCGAAGAAAAACCUUCGCUGAUUUUCCCAAAAACUAUAAAUUUAUCCGCAAUUUUGAGCCGAGUUCAGAACAAAAUCCGAAAAACUUAUCCUGAUGGAUUAUUCUUAAAAAUUGGAAAUAUGACAGAUGGAGUUCUGAAAAAUGUGUUUAAUUUUUUGCAUGGAUCAUUUGACACAAAUGAAUAA